UUCCGUGGUACCCAGCUGUUAGCACGAUGGCGAGGAGGGCGUUUCUCUACGUGUCUCUCCAAGUCCUAGUUCUAGCCCUCGGGAUUGCCGGGCAUGCACGAGCAGUGGCAGCAGCCAGCAGGCGUCCCCCACCUCCUGACUUGUGGCCCACCUUUGAGGUCUUAGGAACAUGUAACCACUCAGGUGGAAUCAGCACCACAAUAUCGCCGAACUUCGUCGGCACCACGUGGCGAGGGUGGGGCACUUCGCUCGCGUGGUUCGCGAACUACGUCGGCGGCUUGCCACAACAGGAGCUGACGACGUUUCUCGACCUUCUCUUCGAGCCGAAAAACGGGCUUGGUCUCAACAUCGUGCGUUACAACAUCGGAGGGGGGCACAACAAGGCUCUUAGCCCGCAGUUUUACAAGAAGCAGGAAUCAGAUUGGCGGGGAAUGCCGGGUUUCAAGCCGACGAAGAACGGGCCGUACGAUUGGAGCGCGGACGAACGGCAGCGGAACGUGCUGCAGGGAGCGAAGGAGAGAGGCGCGAAUGUGUUCGAGGCGUUUUCCAACAGCCCGCCCUGGUGGAUGACUGUAUCGGGUGACGUGGCGGGCGGGCGCCACAAAAGGGAAACAAAUCUGCGAACCGAGUACGAGGGCGCUUUCGCGGACUAUCUGACGACCGUCGUGGCUGAGUUCGCGACAAGGUGGGGGGUAACAUUCGAUUCGUUAGAGCCGUUUAACGAAGCGCUAGAGGGGUUUUGGCUGGCGGGGACGGACCACGAAGGCUGCUCGUUCAAUCCACCCGAAAUGGGCCGUGUUAUCAAGUACACUUCAGACUCGUUAAAGGCUAAGGGGCUAAAAACGAAACUGGUUGGCGUGGAUAGUUGGUACGGAGACACGGCAUCAAUGCCUGGCAUAGCCAAUCAUGAGCUACUAACGCGGAUAAACGUCCACUCGUACGUGAAUAGGUACGACAACGGGAACGCAGCUGCAUCUUACGAGCAGAAAUUCGGCUACAUCCGCGACACGGCGAAGCUGCUCGGAAAGGAGGUCUGGGUAAGCGAAGCAGGGCCGAUCAGCAAAGCUGGCAGCUUCUGGGAUCUUUCGCUGUAUGUGGCUCGAAACGUUAUCGAGAGCGUUAACAUCAUGGAGGCUUCGGCGUACGUGAUCUGGCAAGCGUACGAUCUGGGCGCGCACUGGUCUUUCAUCCGCUUCCCGUCGUACUAUCGUCCGCCGUACGACGGCAGAAUGAAACAGCCCAAGUCGAACAAGAGGUUCUGGCUGUUCAAGCAUUUCACUAUGUUAGCCAAACCUGGGUCCAAGCCGAUCAGAGUCGGCGCCCGCUGCUUUCACGGCAUGAGUGCGUUCUACAACCCCGGCGACGCGCAAAUCACGGUGUUCAUAGUGAAUCAGCAGGCUGACGACCGACGAGUGACUCUUAAUCUCGAGGGGUUUAAGACUAACGUGGGAGGAAGCACCACAGUGGUUGUAAGGAGGACGUCUGCAUUUACGAAUUUCAGCAAGAGGGUCUACACGCGCUUCAAGGGGGGAGCGAGGCUCACGGUGUGGGGACAGACCUUCGUUUCUGUCACCUUCACUAACGUGUCGACCUAGAGGCUGGUCCUGCAUUUGAGGCCCCCCUCACUAAGGUGUCCAUAGCAGCUUGGGUGCCUACGCUGCCUAGCUGUCUUCUUGGUUUUCAGCUUCGACCAAGGGUUUGCCAUUAGGAACUGCCUACAGACUGUCUUCUGAAAGUUGGCUUAUCAAAGUACGGUGAUGAGAAUUUUCGUAUGGAAAUUUUGGGUUAUCAUUCCGAGUAGUAGUAUGGAAUUGGAAGUUUUAGUAGAAUUGUGAAACAUGGAAAUGGACAGGUGAUG